AUGGCAAACAACAACCACAACAAUCAUAACAAUCAGAACGGCCAUAACGGUCAUAACGGUCAUAGCAAUCACAACAAUCACGGCUACGGCUGGCCACAGCGAUCACCACAACCUCCCCACCCAUCAACAAUGCCCAUGGAUCAACAGGGCUUCACACAGCCCAACGGUCUCCCUUCACUUCCUGGGUACGCUGCAGGUGCAGGUGUUGGAUACCCUCAAAAUCACCACUCGGCGCCACCAAACUACUACCCAGGCGGUCCUUCUUCACAGUACCUUUAUCCACAGCACCCAAGUGCACCGCAAACUCGACAUCCUAGAGGUGCAUCCUUACCAUAUUCGUUCCCUACUGCCAGCACAGUGCCACCCAGUACAUUGCCCAUCAGCUCCCCAGCAAUGCAAGAGCACGUAUUUACCCCCUCCCCGCCUUCAUAUCUUGUUAAUCAGCACGACUAUUAUCUCCCUCAUGGCUCUUCAGUGCCCUCAAAUGCUGGGUCCCUAGCCGCCAGUCCUCAACCACAACCACUCAUGUCAACAGGGACAGUUUACUCAUCGCCUGAAUCUACCCCAGUAUCUACAGAUAUACAGAACCCACGGGUAGUGAGCUAUCGACCAAAACCGCAAUGCUUCGACCACGGUUGUAAUGGCCGCGAAUUUUCGACGUUUAGCAAUCUUCUACGCCAUCAAAGGGAGAAAUCUGGUGUCGUAGCCAAGGCCGAAUGUCCAAACUGUGGCGCCGUCUUCACGCGCACGACGGCGAGGAAUAUCCAUGUUUCUCAAGAUAAAUGCAAAGGAGUGGGGCGCGAAUCAUCUACCUAG